AUGUUAAGUUCAACAAUUACUGAAUUUAGGGAGUAUUGCUUAAAUAAUGAUGAAUGGCAAGAAUGCCUAAAAGAUGAGAUUCAAACUGAGUAUAUGAGAGCUACCAAAAACAACAGUGUAGUAUCAUUAAAAGUUAUUUCAAAUGAUUUUAAGGCGUUUGAACCAAAAGAGGUUUAUGAAUCGAUAUGUGACCCUGAAUUUCACAAAGAAUGGGAUCCUUAUUUAAUUAGUUGGACUGUAAUUGAUAAGAAGAAUGAACAAACCAAUGUUAUUAGAAUGUUAUUUAAAGUUCCAGUGAUUACAAACAGAGAAUUUGUAUUUGAUUGUGAAACAUGUUGUAAUGAGAGAGAUGGGUGUGAAGAGUAUUUCAUUAGAUUUGAAAGUACUGACUCAGAUAAGUAUCCAGUGUCUGAAGGGUAUGUUAGAGGAUCAAUUGGGUUAAGUGGGUAUUUGAUUAGAAAAGAAAACAACCAAACAGUUCUUUACUGUAUUGGGAAUAGUGAUAUAGGAGGAGUUGUUCCAAAGUGGAUAGUUAAUAAUAUGGCUAAAUCUACUGUUCCAACUAUGUUAAAGGGUUUACGUGAAAAAUUACCAAAGUAUAAAGAAUGGAAAAACAAACAAAAUGAGAAAAAAUAA